CCAUGCGUCACCGUAAUCUGUACACGCGGUCGCCGGACAGAAAUCGAAACGUGAAAGAAUAACCGAGUUUGAAGUCAUUGUUAUGAGAACGUUGAGUUGACGGCCUAAAAAAAAAUACGUACUGCAUUCAUCAUUGAGAAUGAGCAGUCGACAGACGCCGAGCGAAUUCCUAAAGCAGAUCAUUGGGCGUCCCGUCGUCGUGAAGUUGAACUCCGGCGUCGACUAUCGUGGAGUACUAGCCUGCCUAGACGGAUACAUGAACAUUGCCCUCGAGCAGACAGAGGAGUAUGUUAACGGGCAGCUAAAGAACAAGUACGGGGAUGCGUUCAUCCGAGGAAACAACGUGCUCUACAUCAGCACACAGAAACGACUAAGAUAGCUCG